CCCCGGGGAACCCGGAUCGGUUGCGCGGCCUCAUUUGUGCCUAUUGAGGAGGCCCCGCCCCUCCACGUCGUUGGGGUCCCUGGACACCGAGUUUUCCUCCCCGGGUCCUGGCAUCGGCCCCGCGCCCGGGUAUCACCGUGCAGGGUCGGGCGUCGCGGAGUCCGGACCUGGGGCGGAGCGGGCUGCGUGUGGCCGCCUAGGGGGCACCUAGGGGGCCGCGGGAUCGGCUUCUCCCCCACCUGGGGAGGCCGCAGGCGGAAGCUCACAAAGGGCUGGCGUACAGGCAGCGAGGAGCAGACGAGAGGCGGCCACCGUGGGACUCGGGGCCAUGGCUGAGCUGCUGCGGACGAAGGCCAGAAAACCACAACACUGCUCACUUCGUCCUGUGGCCUUUCUCCUGACCAUGCUCUUCUUGGUCUUCUUUGGGGAUGAUGGACAGGCCAUCCCAGGACCGCCCUCCUCAACAAUGGCCUUUGGUGGCUCUCCACAGCGCUGGUGUCCUGAGCCCGAGAACGCCGAUGCUGGCAACCAGGCAGGAAGGAGCAGGUGAAGCUGCUGGAAAACCGACCAGCCUGUAUGUUGUGACAUUACAGAGGUACAGUGUCUUCAAGGGGCACCUCCCCAUCAGGUGCCUGCCCUCCAGCCCAAAUGGGAUGGUUUAUCCCCAGCCCAAGGUGCUAACACCCUCUAGGAAAGAUGUCCUUGUCCUGACCCCUUGGCUGGCCCCCAUCGUCUGGGAGGGGACCUUCAACAUCGACAUCCUGAAUGAGCAGUUCCAGGUCCAGAAUGUCACCAUUGGACUAACCGUGUUUGCCAUCAAAAAGUACGUGGUCUUCCUGAAGCUCUUCCUGGAGACGGCGGAGGAGCACUUCAUGGUGGGAUACAAGGUCAACUACUACGUCUUCACGGACCGGCCGGCCGACGUGCCGCGCGUCCCCCUGCGGGGAGGCCGCCGGCUGGUCGUCCUCCAGGUCCCGGGCGCCGCGCGCUGGCAGGACGUGUCCAUGCGCCGCAUGGAAACGAUCAGCAGCUUCUGCGCGCAGCGCUUCCUGCGCGAGGUGGACUUCCUGGUGUGCGCGGACGUGGACAUGCGCUUCCGCGACCACGUGGGCGUGGAGAUCCUCUCGCAGCUCUUCGGCACGCUGCACCCCGGCUUUUACGGGGCCGCCCGCGAGGCCUUCACCUACGAGCGCCGGCCGCAGUCGCAGGCGCACAUCCCCCGGGACCAGGGCGACUUCUACUACAUGGGGGCCUUCUUCGGGGGCUCGGUGGCCGAGGUUCACCGCCUCACCACCGCCUGUCACCAGGCCAUGAUGGCCGACUGGGCCAACGGCAUCGAGGCCGUCUGGCACGACGAGAGCCACCUGAACAGGUAUCUGCUGGACCACAAGCCCACCAAGGUGCUGUCCCCGGAGUACAUGUGGGACGAGCAGCUGCUAGGCUGGCCGGCCAUCGUGAAGAAGCUGAGAUACGUGGCCGUCCCCAAGGACCACCAGGAAAUCCGGCACCGCUGAGGGUAUGCGGGGAAGGGCUGAGGGAGGGCGUGGGGGCUCCCCAGUCUCCCUCUGCCUGCAGCCCGGACCGGAACCAGCGGCUGGAGAACAACUGCGCUUCCCUUUUCUGUCCUGAGGAAAAUUGUUGAGGCCUAGCGUUGCCCCCCACCUCCCAGCACCACCAGCCCGGACCCCCACCUCAUACACAGGCAUACACAACGCAGGCCCCAUUCCCGUGGGCACAAGUGCCUGGAGUUGCCCACUGGGUGCCAUCAGCUGCCCACUGGGUGCUCCUCGGGCCCAACAGCUGGGAUGAGGCAGGUGGUCCCGGCCCCUCCUGACAAACAAGGGGUCCCAGACGAAAUCCCUUCCAGAGCAGAAGGGAGGCGCCUGCUCCAUAGUCACAGUGGGUCUUGGGGACACAGCUCCUGCUUUAGGCCGGAUCCCUUCCUCCUCACAGGAGAGGAAGUUGAGGCCAGAUCAGGACUCUUGACUGCGGCCUGGCUCCCCUGUCCAGCCCCAGGCACUACCCACAGGGAGCCCCGUUUGCCUAUCACCUCAGGCCACUCGGUUCCCUCUGGAGUUGCCAGUUCCCAGAACUGAAAACUAAUAUUUUUGGAUAGUAAUAGGAAGUUGCCAAUUAUCAAGAAAACCUGUGUCUUUUACUUAAAAAUGAUUUCUGUGCUCUCCAGCGAGGCCUUCUUCUGGCCUGAAAUGCUGCCUUUUCUUGGCCUGUUUUUCCCGUCCCCUGCCAAGACAGGGAAGUCACACACUAGUGCCCUUCUUUCUCUUCUGUGGUUGGUAAAUUUUCAUAAUUUCUGGGUGCUUUGCAGCUGCAGAAGGCUCCGAUUUUAUGCAGCCAGGACUAUCCGUCUGCAGAGCCUGUCAUCUUCCCCACUUCUGUUCACUAAACAUGAAUUCCCCGUCCCCUCCCCCAGCCCUGGCGCCCACCGUUCUCCUUCUGGUCUGUACGCAUCUGACACUUCUCAGUCUCUGGCAUGAGUGGAGUCCUC